AUGACUUGUGCUGGCCUUUCGCGGACGUGGCAACGGAUUUGUGAAGACGAUCAGACAUGGCGACAGAAAUGUUUCGAGAACGGAUAUGUGGAAUUUGAUGCGCCAAGUUUUCGUUUUCUCGGAGGUUGGGCGGCGAAUCGAGCACAGCAAGCGGGAAUCACAAUCUGUUCACAUAUGGACUUUCAAGUAGCACAGCAGAAUCGACAAGCACGUGAGGUCGCAUAUGGACAAUGUUAUGAGCGUUCGCCAUGGAAGUCGCUGUACUUGCGAAAGAAGCGAAUCAUUUCGAAUUGGCGAUCCCGAGCGAUUCAAUCAAGCACUGUCCAAAAGAACGGUCCCGGUGAUUCGUAUCAAGUGAGCGAAGAUGGCAAAUACAUUGUCAGUACCGGGUUUCAACGUGGAACGGUGGACGUUUUGUGUGGUCAAACCGGUGCACAGCUUCAUGUUCUGCGGGGACAUACGGAUCAGAUUCGAUGCAUCCGUCUACAUGGCACAACUCUUGUUUCUGGAUCGUGGGAUCAAACACUCCGAGUCUGGAACAUUGUCGACGGUAAAUGCCUUCACAUUUUGGCUGGCGAGGCGUGGUAUGUGAAUUAUUUGCAAUUUGAUGGAAAACGGGUUGUAUUUGAUGGCCGUGAUUGUACCGUAAAGGUUUGGCAUCUACACACGGAAAAGUGUUUGCACACGCUGACGGGUCACACAAGUGAAGUUACUUCACUUUUGUUUGAGCCAGAGCGCGAUCUUGUCGUGUCGGGUAGUCGUGACGGAACGAUUCGGGUCUGGGAUGUGCAAAGAGGAACAUGCAUCACACAUCUUGUCUUGCAUGAAUGGUCACCGCUCCUUUCUAUUAAGGUGCAGUUACGCGGAAACAUUUUGGUCUCCAAAAUGUCCGAUAUUCCUCACGACCCGGAAGUUAAGGUUUGGGACAUUCGUGAGGGUGGCUCGUGCCUUCACCACUUACAUGGCGGAAAUGGUCAUACGUCGCUCAUCACUUCAUUGCAAUUGCUCGACUCCGGACUUUUGGUGACAGCUUCGGAUGAUGUGGUGAAGCUGUGGGAUGCGGAGAAAGGUAUCUUUGUUCGUGACCUCAUUCGGCUUCAAUAUCAGAAUCGGAUUCUGGAUCUCAAAGCCACUGAAACAUGGCUCGUAUGUGGAGUUCAAGCGGGAUAUUGGGGCAUGGGGGACAGGCUCAUCUACAUCGAUUUUGACGCAUCGUAUCCA